AUACCACAUACCACACUCUCAGUCUGAAGGUGACAUGUUGCACCCACACUAGCACUUCAAAGCCGCUCGUGAAACAAAAUUACCAGGGCUUGAAUAUAAAUACGAGAUAUCGGCAAAUUUGAACACCACACACCUCCGUCCUUGCUCACUCAGUCUCGCCAUACUGUGAAAUGCCUGCCCCAGUCACAUACUAUAACGUCGAAGUCGUCCAAUUUUGGCGAGGGCAAAAAGAACCCCUACAACCCUAUCCCCUUCACUGGGCGAUCUAUAUCCCAAUCAGUCCUGGUAUCGGAAACACAUACCACUUACUAGGAAACACGGACACCUACACCAUAGAUUUCAGACGCAAUCAACCGUACCCAAACCCAGAUACAUGGCGUGGAAGCUUCGCCGUCGGAAGAGUAGCUGCGCAUCAGCUAGCCCUAAUGGAGCGACACCUCGCAAGCAUUCCUAUCACACGUCACGACCCCAGAUGGACCUGCCAAAGCUGGGUGUGGGAGGGUCUCAGGCAUCUUCGACACAAAGGUUUUAAUAUUAGCUGGGAAAUUAGGCUUUCAGAUCUUCAAACGCAGAUGUACUGCUUGCUCGAGGAUUGGGAAUACGGCCGAAUUUAGAGGGGGCAGAGUGCGAGGGGUUUGCGACUAGGUGAUCAAAGAUUCGAUGUUGUUGCUCAGAGUCACUGGGAACACUCACCAUAAAAACAUCCUGAGCUAUCAUCGCGAGUAACCUUCGUUGUUUUGAUCAAU